GCCCGAGAUCGUAGGGGAAAAAAACAGUUAUUAAAUCAAGUAGCUACAACUGCAAUAACGUUACCCUCGCCACCGUGACCCACAAACGUUGCUCAGCUGACGCGAUUGAUUUUUCCGCGCCGUCUCACACUCUCGCGCCUGACGUUAGUGCGUCGCCGUCGUCCAUUCCCUUUGAUCUGUGCGUGCGUGUGUGUGCGUCCUUCACUCUUUUUAGGUUGUUGGCCACCACCAAUACCGCCUUGUAGAUUCCUAUUAUUCAACGGAUUCAAUUAAAACCUAUUCACAUUACGAAUUAACAAUAAUAUAUCUACAUACAAAGGGCUUAAUACUCCAAAAAUGCCAGUCUGUAAACAAGACGAAACCCUCAGGGCCUUAGCCCUCCUGGAAGACUACCAUGCAAAACUCUCCACUGUACCCAACAAUGAUCUUCAAGUCGUCAUGCAGCUAGUAAUUGGCGUCUUUAAGUCCAGAUUGUUUCAGGCUCUCGUCGAUAUACAAGAAUUUUAUGAAUUGGCACUUCAAGAUGAAAGUCAUUCUGUAACUGAUGAAGAUAUAUCAAUUGCACAGAAAUAUAUUAUGGAUCAAUUUGAUGCUAAAGUUGGUUUGAGUGAUCUUAGUUUUCAACCUUUAGAAACAGAAUGCCAUAGAGAUUACAAAAAGAAAGAACUUGUGGAUAUCAGUUGUCAAAUUAAUGGGUUGAGUGGACAUACUGGUUAUCAGUCGUGUGGUGAUGCUACUGAACAAGAAUCUAAUCUUGAAACUGAUGAUGAAAAUGAAUAUUGGGAGUAUGAUAAAAUUACAGUUGAACGGGGCUCUGGAGGCCUAGGCUUCAGUAUUGCUGGCGGUGUGGAUUCAGAGUCAUUAGUUCUUGUCACUCGAGUUAGUCCAGAUAUAGGUGCUACUGGUCUUCGUGCUAAUGAUAUUAUUUUAAAAGUGAAUGAUCAAUCGUUGGAACAUGUUCCACAUAGUUUUGCUGUUACUGCUCUAAAAAAUGCUGGAGAUGUUGUUACAUUACAUGUAAAACGGCGCAAGAAGGAUGCAUUUGUUGAACCAGAAAAAUCAUAUACAGUAACUGAAAUUGAAUUAGAAAAAGAGGACGGAGGUUUGGGUUUCACAAUUGCUGGAGGCGUUGGUAAUGUUCAUCUACCUGGAGAUAGUGGAGUAUAUGUUACAAAAAUUUUAGAAGGGGGUGCAGCUCAUAAAGAUAGUCGCAUGGAAGUAGGUGAUAAAUUGAUAGCUGUUAAAAACACACUGAAUGGUGAUGUAAACUUAGAAAAUGUUACUCAUGAAGAAGCAGUUGCUGCACUUAAAGAAACUGGCGAUAAAGUAAUACUUGUCAUUGUGAAAGAAUCUCUUAGUAUGCGCUAUAUAAAACCAAAAACACCAAUUAAAUCCAGCAUUUCAUCUAAAUCAAGCAGCGAAUCAUUAAUGMUUGAAAAAGUGGCUACUAUUCGAAGGUCUGAUGAAGGAUUAGGAUUCAACAUAAUUGGUGGGGAAGAUAAAGAAGGUAUAUUUAUUUCUUAUGUGGCACCUGGUAGUCCAGCCGAUCAAAAUGGCAUUUUAGAGCCCGGUGAUCGUAUUUUAAGUGUUAAUGCAAUUGACAUGCUAAAUGCCACUCAUGAUGAUGCUGCUAUAGCUUUAAAAGGUGAUGGACCAAUUGUUACUAUUAUAGCUCAACAACGGCCAGAAGAAUACCAAAGGCUCCAAAUUAAAUUAGCAGAUAUUAAAGAACAAAUAAUGAAAAAAGCUGUUGUGUCUUCAAGCACAUUACCAAGACCUUCUCAAAAAUUACAGUUAUUUGUCAGAGCUCUGUUUGAUUACGAUCCAAACCGAGAUGAUGGUCUUCCAAGCCGUGGCAUAUCAUUUACAUAUGGUAGCAUUCUACACAUACUUAAUGCUAAUGACGAUGAAUGGUGGCAAGCUAAAAAGUUAGUUCCAGCUGGUGAAGAGGAUCGUAUUGGUAUAGUACCUUCAAAAAAGCGUUGGGAACGUAAACAAAAGUCAAGAGAUCGUACAGUUAAAUUUCAAGGACAUGUUCCAGUUCUUAUUGAUAAAACUUCCACUUUGGAAAAAAAAAAGAAAAAUUUUGCUUUAAGUCGUAUGUUUCCAUUUAUGCGYAGUAAAGCAGAUCGUUUGGAGUGUACUGGAACAGAUCAAGAUCAUUAUAUGCUUUGUUACACUCAUGAAGAUCCAACAUCUGAAGGUAUUAAUUUAAGCAGCAUAAGCAUAAUUGAACUACUUGUUGAAGAACCAAUUUUACCAUAUGAAUCUGUUAUUAAGAAAACCUUAAACUAUAGUCGCCCUGUCAUUGUAGUUGGAAUUUACAAAGACAAAAUAAACGAUCAUCUAAUAUCAGAAUAUCCUGAAGAGUUUGGAUCAUGUGUACCUCACACGUCAAGAGAAAUUCGGCAAGGAGAAGUUGACGGUGUUCAUUAUCACUUUAUUAAAUCACGCGAACAAAUGGAGCGUGAUAUUAAAGAACAUUUAUUUAUUGAAGCCGGUCAGUUUAAUGAUAAUUUAUACGGAACAUCCUUAGCUUCAGUCCAAGAAGUUGCUGAACAAAACAAACACUGCAUUCUUGAUGUAAGCUCCAAUGCUAUUAAACGUUUACAAGCAGCUGGCUUGUAUCCUAUUACCAUCUUUAUUAAAGCAUCUUCUCUGGACUUUAUAAUGAAAAUAAGUGAUAAAAUGACUGAAGACCGUGCAAAGAAAAUCUAUGAUCAAGAAAUGAAAGUUGAACAAGAUUAUAAUGAAUAUUUAACAGCUAUUGUAAAAGGUGAUUCGUUUGAAGACAUUUUUGAAAAAGUAAAAAAUGUUAUUGAUGAACAUUCAGGACCUAAUGUGUGGUUACCAAAUAAAGAUCUCACUAUCUAAAAUGAAUAUGCUAGAGAGUAGUGAUUAUUCUAAUUUAAAAAAAUGCAAAAGUUUCUAAUUACUUAAGAAACAUUUAGGUAUAGAUUUUCAAAAUUUGAUAAUUUAUACUAUAUCAUUCAUUUUCCAAUAAUAAAAAAAAUACAGAUAAUAAUAUUUACAGGUCCUUUAAACCAUACAUAAAAGAAAAAAACAAUAUUUUUAUCCCCACAUUUAUAAAUAUUGAUCAAUUCUUCCCUUAAGGAACAAAUAUUUACUAACAGAAUUAUAAAUAAUUAUAUUUUUUAAUAGCAAAUAGUUUAAGUUAAGACUUUAGUUGAAGUUACUAAUUUUUAUAAAAAAAAUUGCUUUAGUUUUUCUUCCAUUAGUUAUUUAAAAAUAUGUAUAGUUCUAAGAAAGUAUUUCAUAAUGAUCAUAUUUGAAACAAUUUUAUUUAUAAUUUUUAAACCUUAGGAAACUACAAGAUUCACAAUAAUGCGUUGUCAAUAUUUAUUACAGUGGUUGCUCAAUGAUAUUAUUGAUUUAGUUAUUUAUUGAUUUUAAAAUUAUUCAAUUAAUUUAUGAUACUAAAGAAAACAGUUAUUUUUUUCAAAAAAUGUUACAAUGAAUUUCAUAUUUUUGAGAAUGAGCGAAGAACAUGACUUAAUAGUUAACGAUGAUUGUGAAUGAUAUGCAUUUUUAAGAUUUGGAACACAACAAAGUUAUGUUAAAAAAAUGUGAGAUAAUAUUAGUUUUGAUUAUUUUUAGGUAAACCAAGCUAUUACCAAAACUUUUAAAA